AUGCGCAGUCUCCCAUCACUAGCAAUAACAGCUCUCCUCCUCAUAACACCUACCACAAGCAAAGGCACCACAAAACCACCAGGCCAAGAUGCAAUUCUUCUCUCCAAUGUCCAAACCCUAACACUACGCGAUCACCGAAUGACUAGCUCCCGACGCGUCGCUCCAAUGCCCCAGCUCGGCUGCACAGGACCCUCGAAGAUCUGCGAUCUGUACCAAAUCGAAACAAUGCGCUGCACAAACCAAGGCUAUGACUAUGACGAGGAAGACGUACAGUGGACCUGCACCGCCUCGCUCCCAGCUGAGUUCAAGCUCGGCGCUACAGAUGUCAUCUGCGAGGGAUAUCGGAACUCGAAUGAUAAGUGGGUUCUGAAGGGGAGCUGUGGGGUUGAGUAUCGACUGUUGCUCACUGAGCUGGGAGAGAAAAGGUUUGGGAAGAGUCAGAAUCGUGGGGCGGCGGGUUGGGCUUCCAGGCAGACCGGUGGUACGGCUGGAUAUCGGAAGACGUUUGCACUGCUGGGAGAUUUGAUCUUCUGGGGGUUCUUUGUUUCUGUUUUCGUGUUGAUCUUCUGGCCUAUGAUUGCGGAUUGCUUCGGACUGCGGAGGACUCGUGGUGGGAGAGCUCCUGGACAGGGCUGGGGUGGUUUCUGGGGUGGUGGAGGUGGAGGAGGUGGUGGUGGCUAUCCAGGGCCUCCGCCUCCUUAUAGCCCUUGUCCUGAUCCUAAUGCUUCUUUUGGGCGGCAGGGUUGGACGCCGGGUUUCUGGACUGGAGCACUGGGUGGUGCUGCAGCUGGAUAUCAGAUGGGAAGACGUGGAAAUAGCGGAGUCGGGUCCUCGUUCAGAUCUGGUGGUUAUGAUGCAGGCGAAGGCAGCUCGAGGUCUCGCUCGCCGCCACGAUUCUCAUCUACAAGUGAGAGCACCGGGUUUGGAUCGACAAGGCGCAGGUGA